AUGGCUAUCAUGACGGGUAUCAUUUCUGUCGCUGUGAUGGCGCUUGCCGUCUUAGCCAACCCUGAGUCCGUUCACCAGGGCAAUGGAGUCAUUCGCGAUGCUGCUUGCGGCUCCCUCUGCGCCUCCAGCGAGCCCCCAUUUGACAAUGCCAUUUGCUACGAAGUCAAACUCGACAACGGCAAAUGCAAGGCCGUCUUCAUCAAUUCAGAGGCUGGCAAGCUUGACUUCAACACGACCGAUGAUGCCAUAUCCGCCGGCAUCGAUGUCAAGCGCACCCAGGUCGACGCUGAUGAGGGCAAGAGUAAGGGUGCUAGUGCCACUGGCGAUACCAACAAGAUCAUCAAGGUACACGGAUUCACAAUCGGCAAGGGUACCACCACCACCCCAAUCACCAAGCGUCUCUUUUUCGAUCGUUCCGACAUGGGCCAGAAGGUCUGCGAUAGGCAGUCAUCUGUCUGCUACGACCGCGGUCAGAUGGCCAAGACCCAGGAUUGCGAAGAGCUCCUCCUCUUUUGGAGCAAGACUCACGGCAAAUGGGUCAUCUCGGACCGCGAUAUCGUUGGAAGAUUUUGGAUCGAGCUGAUGGCGAGCGACAGUUGCGUCUUUGCUGUCGGUCGCCCUGGCGCUGAAAUCCACAUCAACCCUAUCAAUGACAAAGAAACCUCCCUCGGCGACCUUGACAUCGUUGGUAUACUCACGCAGAGCAUCGCUGGCUGCGGCAAGAGUGGUGGAAUGGAGGCCAGGGGUGUGAUUCAGUGCAACCCUUUUGACCUUGUGUUCUGGGUCGUCGGCAAGGGCAGCUUCGACUGUUGCAGGGGCGACAACCCUCCGGGCAAGAGCACUGGUAAAACUUGGAUUGCAAGGUCUAGUGGUGAUGUGUGA